AUGGCUGAAGACGGCCGAAAAGAACAGAUCAUAGUUGACUUGGAAGCAGGCUCGGAAUGGAGGUUUGAAUUAGAAGCAGACGAGAAUAUAGCUUUGAGGAUCCUUUCACCCGAUCCAGUCUUCAUCAAUUCCGAGGAAUUACCACCAGCAACAUGGUAUCCUAUACAUCGGUAUACGAAAGGAUCUUUGUAUGCACCUACCGCAGCAAGGCUUGAAGUGACUUCCUUACCCGCCUCUCAAUAUACCUCGACAUCAACUAUCCAACCUCAGCUUCUGAAUCUUCAUCUUGCACUCGAAAGGAAUCGCAUACUAGCAAAACGUUAUCUCUUUAAUAAGGGUUCCAGCGAAGUGGUGAGGGGUCCUAGAGUCAUGGUGGUUGGCCCGCCAAGCUCAGGUAAAACAACAGUAGUGAAGAACCUGGUCAACCUUGCUUUGAGUACAGGGAUGGGUUGGACAAUUGGUGUAGCUGGUUUAGAUCCAUCAAGCCCUUCAAAUCUCAUUCCCGGUACCGUAUCAAUCGCAACACCCUCUCAUCCCAUUCCAACGCAUCAUCUAGCCCAUCCAUUUGGAUCACCACCGACUUCGAUACCGUCAAACAUGCUUUCCGCGGAUGUAGCUACUGUAGGAUGGUGGCUGGGAGGACUAGAGCCCACCAAUAAGAACGCAGAAGUUUGGAAAGUUCUCAUUGAGAAUAUGGGGAGUGAAUGGAAGAACAAAUGUGAGAAGGAUAAGAUGGCCCUAGCAUCCGGAUUGAUAGUCGACACGUCAAGUGCAUUCACAAACCCUUUACUCGGAACGAAGAAAGAUGAUCCGAAAGCUAGGUAUUCACUGGUAGAUCAAGCUGUAGAUGCUCUCGAUAUCGAUACAAUCCUAGUGAUAGGUCAUGAAAAGCUCCAUAUCGACUUAUCUCGUCUACCAUCCCUUCAAUCAAGGGCAGUGAACGUGAUCAGAAUCCCUAAAUCCGGUGGAGUGGUGGAUUUGGAUGAUGCUCAAAAGGAAUUAGUGCAAUCAUUCCAAAUCAGAACUUACUUCUACGGUGAACCCAUCUUACCUAAAGAAAUCAGUGGGUUGAUGGGAAAGAUGGUUGGUUUCGAUGGUAGCUUGAAUCCGUAUAGUUUCCAAAUUGGUUGGGAUACUUUAGUCGUAUUGAGGGUUGGUGAAGAAAACUCGGCACCCUCGUCUGCCCUCCCAUUAGGCUCAUCCCGGACACUUUCACCUACUCGACUUACGCGAGUAGACCCAUCAGGUCCAGCGCAUGUAGUGAGACUACUGAACACGGUACUUGCGAUAGUAGAUAUCAAGCCUGAAGAUCGAUUGAAACCGGAAAAAGCACCAAAAGAAGAAGUGAAAGCUGAACCUGAAGGUGAAGCUGAACCAGUAAAAGAGGAGGAAGAAGAAGAAGAUAUGGAAGAAGUUCCAUUCAGGGAGGAGAUAGGGAAAAGAGAAGUCUUAGGCUUCAUCGUGAUUACCGCAAUCGACGCCCAAAAGAAAAAAUAUACAGUCCUCUCACCAAGUCCUGGUAAAUUACCAUCUACGGUAGCUAUUGCAGGCUUUGUAGAAUGGGUUGAUUCGGCAUAG